AGAGCUCGGCAGUAAGCGUUAAUCCCGGAUUGGGCUGCCCUGCUGUCUGCAUCCCGUUGUUGCUGGGAGAGCAUGGCACGGCUCCAGGACCCCUGUGCUCACACAGGAGAGAACUGAGCGCAUGAGAGAGAGGGAGAGGGAGAGCGAGAGCGAGAGAAAGGAGAGAGAGAGACAAGAGAGGGUGAACAGGGAAGGGGUACAGUUGGGAUGUUUCACGACUGCCACAGCUGCUUGAGCGCUGCACUGCACUAAGUGUUAUUGAGUUUCAUUCACACACACUCUCUCUCAUAUAAACAAGGCAGAAAAGAGAGGAAAUGAAGGGAAGCAUAACGGACGGCUGGUGCGUCGAGCUGUGGGUGCAAAAGUGAAUGAGGAAAGAGGAAACCUCGGUCACGUCCUGGGAUCCACCACAUCGCGACAUCCAUCUGCGCGGUGUUGUGUCUUCCUCACUCCUCUUACUUAAGAAGGAUUAAACUUUUCUCUUUGAUCUCUGGUUGGCACAUUUGGAACUGUUGACAUGGAGUCUCCCACCAAAGAGAUCGAGGAGUUUGAAAGCACGUCCCUCAAGUACCUUCAGCCAGAACAGAUAGAAAAGAUCUGGCUCAGGCUCCGUGGACUGCGCAAGUACAAGAAGACAUCCCAGAGAUUAAGAUGUCUGGUGAAACAACUGGAGAGAGGAGAGGCUUCGCUCACUGACCUCAAGAAAAACCUGGAGUAUGCAGCAUCGGUGCUGGAAUCGGUUUACAUCGAGGAGACGAGGCGUUUGGUGGACACAGAAGAUGAGCUCAGUGACAUCCAGUCAGAGUCGGUGCCCUCAGAAGUGCGGGACUGGCUGGCCUCCACCUUCACGCGCCAGAUGGGCCUGAUGCUGCGACGCAAUGAGGAGAAACCUCGCUUCCGCAGCAUCGUCCACGCCGUCCAGGCUGGCAUAUUUGUUGAGAGGAUGUACCGACGCACCUCCAAUAUGGUGGGACUCAGCUACCCCCCCACUGUCAUAUCUGUGCUUAAGAAUGUGGACAGGUGGUCCUUUGAUGUCUUCGCUUUAAAUGAAGCCAGCGGGGAUCACGCACUUAAAUUCAUAUUCUACGAGUUGCUUACAAGAUAUGACCUCAUUAGCCGCUUCAAGAUCCCAAUCUCUGCGGUGGUGUCAUUCGUGGAGGCCCUAGAAGUGGGAUACAGCAAACAUAAAAACCCAUACCACAACCUGAUGCACGCGGCUGAUGUCACACAGACUGUACACUACCUGCUACUCAAGACUGGCAUGGUGCACUGGCUGACCGAGCUUGAGAUCUUUGCCAUGAUCUUUGCGGCAGCGGUGCACGACUAUGAGCACACAGGGACCACAAACAACUUCCACAUCCAGACAAGGUCAGACACAGCCAUCCUAUACAAUGACCGCUCCGUGCUGGAGAGUCACCAUGUCAGCGCGGCGUACCGCCUUCUGCAGGAUGACGAUGAGAUGAACAUCCUGUACAACCUCUCCAAGGAUGACUGGAGAGAGCUGCGGGCUCUGGUGGUGGAGAUGGUGCUGGCCACAGAUAUGUCGUGUCACUUCCAGCAGGUGAAAGCCAUGAAAAACUUCCUACAACAACCAGAGGGCAUCGACAAGCCCAAAGCUCUGUCCCUGCUGCUGCACACGGCAGACAUCAGCCACCCGGCCAAGAGUUGGGACCUGCACCAUCGCUGGACCACCUCCCUACUGGAGGAGUUCUUCAGGCAGGGGGACAAAGAAUCUGAGCUCGGCCUGCCGUUCUCCCCACUCUGCGACAGAAAGUCCACAAUGGUUGCACAGUCCCAGAUCGGCUUCAUAGACUUCAUUGUGGUGCCCACCUUCACUGUGCUGUCGGACAUGAUGGAACGUAUUGUCACGCCGCUCAUCGAAGAGGCCUCCCAUGCGGGCCUCGCCGGCUUCAGACGCUCAAGUCUAAACAGUAUUAGCUCAGAUGAGACCAAGAGGCACAGCGUGAAGAGCAUAGGCUCCGACAGCAGCUCAUCGGGACAAGGCUCUCUGCUGACAGUUGACCUGAAGAACUUCAAGGCGUUGUGGAACGAAGAGGUUUAUCAGAACAGAGAGAGAUGGAAAUCACAAGCUGCUAAAGAAGCGGAGGAGAGAGCUAAAAAGGAAGCGGAGGAGCAAGCCCAGCAGGAAGAGGCUAUGGAGCCCCAGGAAGUCCACACAGAGUCUGAACAGCCUGAACCAAAGGAGGACAAACUGGAAGGGGAGGAACCCAAUCCAGCAGAGGCCAGCAGACCACCAGAUGGCAACACAGGGGAAACAGAGCAGGGAGUACAGUCAGGGAGCGCCACGUUCACUCCACUGCAGAAUGGAGAGCUGUCUGAAGGAGCGCUAUCUCCAGAGGGUGAAGAAGAUAAGAACAAAGGAGAUGAUGCAGAGGUAGCCAUGGAAUAAGCUCGCUCGAAUCAGAGCAACACUGUUGCAUCUCUGCAGCGCUGCUGUCAACCUGAACCUGCAUUUGUGCAGGAGAACAUAGAGUCUCACCAAGUGAGGGCCAUUUGUUGGACUGUGACGCCCUCUACAGGACACAGAGAAAGUGACACCUACACUUGCUGUUUGUCUUCUAUUCCUAACCUGUUUUGUCUUUCACCGUGUUUAUACUCCCAUGCUCUUGUAUGCAGAGUGUGUGGCUCUACCCAUGUGCAUUAGCCCCCCUCCUGCUCACUGAUGAAGAUGAUACACAGGAAGUUUUAACGUCCUUAAUGUGGUGGGGGAGAAGAGGAGCCUUUUGGAGGACUGACACUAAAACAUUGCUUUUCUUUGUAUUAGUUUGCCAAGCUUUUCUUUAAUGUAAGUCGUAUGUGUAACUCAGCCACUACAGACAUGUAGCCAUUGUACAAGUCCCACUUUUCCUGCUGCUUUGCCUCUCUGUCAACACGUUUCAAACAGAUUUAGAUUUCACUUGGACAGUAUAGUACAAAGCUUACUAUGAGGUUACGAUUCACAGCAGCUCAUUUUCCUCCCCACUGAAUACUACAUAGAUACGGAAUAUAGCAACACAGCUAUACACACUGCACUGGGGUUAAUUCACAGGUUUAUAGCACAACCAUUUAACUUGCAAGUACUCCUUAUACAAAUACACUCUAUGUAGUCAAGUGUCUCUGUUUGGUUGUUUGGAGCUCCUGUCCCUUAAGAACCACUUGUGGCUCGUUUUUUUUUCACCUCAUAAUGUUUCCUUUUUUUAACGCUUUCCUCAGAUAUCGUGCAGUCUAAUAUGUUAGUGUUCCUCACAUCCACAUGUAUAUUGUUAGUUGUGUGUUUUUGUCCUCCUAAAUGUAUAUAAUGGACGUUUGUAUACGUAGGGAUCAGCAGAGGAGUAGAAGUCCUCUGAUUCCACAGUCCACCAAUGGAUAUUUUUAUGGAUAUGCUGUAAGAUGUAGUGGAAACCUUUCCAAAACGUAGAAUGCAACUUCUGCAUUUCAAACAUAUCACACACAUAGAUGAAUUCAAGUUUUUGUAAUAUAUACGAAAACUUAUUGUUUACUUUUUUUUUUUGGUUACAUUCUUGUCCUGUAAGAACCCUGCACUAGAUGUGUCUGAUAUCAACACGCUGUUUGUCCGUUCAAUGUCAGAAAAACUUCUUCUUGAUGCCUUCUUAAAUACAUUUAAGCUGUAGCAGAGAGUCAGAGAAAAGUCUUCUAAACGUACGUUCUUUUAUUUUGAAGUACGGUUAUGUUACAGCAGCUUCACCUGUGAGGUCGCUGGUGUGAUGUUAAAUCAACGUGUUUACAGUAUGCUCGUACGUUAGCCUGUUGAAUCCAUCAUGCUUUUGUUGUGAUGCAUCUGGUCUAUGAGUCCAAACUCGAUCUGCUUCUUGGUUGUUUGCCUGUUUUUAAAGGCUUGUAAUGUUGUGUAUAGGAGAUAUAAAUACUGCUUAUAAGCAUAUGUAACAUAUUGAACCUCUGCAGUGCUGGUUCAGCUUUGAAUAUGUACUUACUAUGUGUAAUUAGAUGAAGGAGAAUCUGGCAGUAUUUCCAUAGUAUUUUCUCUAAAUUUGUGCACUUUUUGUUCAUCAGGUUUUCAUUUUUUAGGGGAAAGAUCCCAAAAUAUAUUGUGCCAUGAUCAAGUACUUGGCAUAUUUUAUUUUAUUUAAAAGUGUACUGCUCAUAUGUUCACUGUAACAUUUCUCUAAUAUUGAAUGAUUAUAAUUUAUCACCUAAAAGGUUAUUUUUUUUAAACUGCCGGAGUUUAUUUUUUAACCUUUUUAGUUUCGACACACUCUGCCCAUUUUUAUAUCUCAACAGGACGUUUGGUAUCAUGCUUCGAUAUAAAGCAGUUUAUGACAAAAUGCUACUUUCUACCUAAAAAAUACAGUCAGUGGUAAGAAAGCCGGCUGGCUGAAUGUGUGCCUAUAUAUGUACCAUGCAUUUUACACCUUUCACCUGUAAGAAAACUAAAGUUGUGAUGUCAUUUGAAUCUGUACUGAUUCACUGGAAACCAGUUAAUAUCUUCGUAUGAUUCGUUUCAUGUUAGUCUCUGUUAGAAAACCUGUGGGCAAAGUCAGCUGUUUGGUGUUGAAGAAGUAUUUAUAAUGGUAUGUUUCUUUUUAUUUAGAAAAAUCUGUUCUAGCUGCUCUCUCGUUUGUUUUCUUGUACCAACUGCUCCUUUUUUUUUACUCCGUGGAUGAUUUUGUCCAAAUCACGUCUUCAACAUGUAAUGACUUUUUUUUUUCUUAUUGUCUCUCCGCUUUGGUUUUCUUUUUCCUUGUGUGUUUGUUUUAUCCACCAGCUUUGAAGUCAGAAAAAUGAAAUCUGUAAAAAGUUAGCAACAGUCAAAGCAAAUUAGAUUUUUAAAUACAACAAAAAAAAAAGAACUCAUUGCAUCCUGAAACAAGCUGCCUGACACUGAAAGCAAAGUUGAUGUUCUGCACCAAGAGGCCGACACAUGUACAGUCUUGUAGUUUGCUCUAUCUUUCACCUGCUGCUGUGAUAGGCUGCUCUAUGAAUAUUUAACAAGAAUUUAUACCAACCAUAAUCAAAAACAUAGCUGUAUUUAUGACAUGUAAAGACUUCUAAUCACGGUGUUUUGUAAUGGUUACUAUGGAACACAUUCUCUGUUGUUUGUUUAAUGCUUUGUUUCCUUGUUUAGUCUGAAUAGCUCCGUAAUGACUGAACUCAAACUCCUCUAGUGGCUGAGGUUUGAUGGAUGUAAAGAGCGUGUGUGUGUGUGUUUGUGUGUUUGUGUGUGGGUGUGUGUAUGCCUUGUGUGGGUGAAACAGCCGAAAAACACUGAACGUGCAUUUCUGAUCUCCUCACUGUGAUCUGCUAUAUUGAUGAGAGUGAUGACAUGAGUUUGUGUGGAUGUGGGUAUGUGUGUGUGUGUGUGUGUGUGUGUGUGUGUGUGUGAUUGAUAAACAAAAAGAUGAAGUGGAAGGGAAUAUAUUCUCUCUCCUGUAAACAAAAUCAAUAAACACUUUUAAGAUGAGCAUUUUUCCCACUUUCUCAUGCGUAAAAUAUAAGCUAUCAGGCUGAUAACAUACAGUACCUUUACAUAUACAAAACAGAAUUGGAAAUAUAAAGUUCAAAUUGUUAUUGAUAUUUUGUCCUGAAGUUAAAACCAUUGAAAACAUGAAAGCAUGAUGAUCAAACUGGCUACAUGCCUCAGGUCAAGCCUCCACUACAUCCUUUAAGACAGAAUGACUGGGAGAGAGUGUGUGUGUGUGGGUGUGUGUGUGAGUGGGUAUGCAUGUUUGUGCAUGCUUGUGUGUGUCACUGUACCAUGCCGGCCAGGCGGCCGCGUGUGCCACCAUGCUCUGUGACUGCACAGCUGUAUCAAUAAAUCUGGACUCAAAGGGCUCA